UUUGUUUAUAAACUGAAGACUAUUUUUAAUAACUAAGUGUGCAGAGUUCACAGCGCCAAUUGAACGUGCAGUAGAAAUGGACAUUCUUGGAAACAUACUGGGAUCCAUGGAAAAACCUCCAACCAAAGACAAAAAGGAAAAAGAUAAGUUUGAGAGGCAAAAGAAAGAAUAUGAAAAGAUAAAAAAUCUGGAAAGAAAUGAAUUAAAUCGUUUCCGAACGUACGUCGAGGAAAGGUUAGGUAGAUUGGUAAAAGACGACAAACGACACUACAUGGAAUUUCAACCUUUGGAUCAAGUGCAUCGAUCGAUAGUACACGACGUCGCGGAGACAGCCGGUUUAUCUGGCAUCAGCUUCGGUAUUGAAGGAGCCGAUCGGUACAUCGUUGUGUACAAAAAAGAGCACUUGCCUUCUGAGGACGAGUUAACCGCCAGACGAAACGGUGAACCAUGGAAUAAAGAAACUGAGCAGCAAUAUAUUGAACACCGUCGUUGUCAACAGUUGGAACAACAACAGACAGGGAAAAAUGACAACAAUCGCAUACAAAAAGAAGCUAAUGUUACUGCUCAGCCUCCCACUGAUUACAAGCAUAAAUAUAUCCAUUUGAUUGGCAAAGAUUCUGCCGUGGAGGGGGCGAAGAAAACGGAAGUCAAUCGCUCUUAUGGUUAUGUGCCAAGUGAAAAUAAAAAAGAUGUACGAUCGAUCGAGCAGACAAUGGCUGAUAUACAAGCGAAAAAGAAAUUAAAAACUGAGCACAGCAAGAUUACUGACAAAAAAAAUAAUUGAAACAAUAUUCACAAAAUAUUCAAUUAAGGAGUGUUAGUAAAAACUUAGAUUAGCUAUUUGCCGAUCAUAAGACCGAGUCAUACCGGGGUUUUUUUAAAAGAAAUUAACCUAAUUUAUCCUGGUAAUUCUCUUGCAAUAAAUACAAUGUGGCUGAUCUGCACAAAUGGGAUUAAAAAUAUUAGUGUUGUUAGGAUGUAUCACAAAUGGGACUAUAUUUGCUGUUAGGUACAAGAACAAAGAAAACAAAAUUUGAGAAAAUUGAAAAACAAAGAAACAUUACAAAAAUGUUAUGGGUAAAUCAUUCGGUGUAGAAUUUAACGGCAUCUUUUUCGACCCAUGUAUAAAACCAUACAAUAUA